AUGAUACAUUCUGAGGAGGAGAGUGUAAAUAGUUUUACACCUGAAUCACAAGAGUAAAACCCUGAAGAGCAUAAAAAUAAGGACUCCAAAAAAUAUGCCAUUAUUGAUCAAUCAAUUCGUGUUCAAUUACUACGCCGUAUACUUUCGAAAUAGGCAACAAUAAAGGAUGCUGCUAAAGAGUUUGGUGUUAAUUUUUCAACUGCAAAAGCAAUAUUGCAAACUUAUAGAAAGGAAGGAAGAAUUGGAAAGAAAAAAACAAGAGAAAGGAAUAAGAUCAAAUAGGAAUCGGGAGAAAAUAGUUCACCUAGAAAGAUUUAAUCUAUGUAUAAUCUAGAAUAGCCUUAAUAAAUGAGAGCAACAUCUCCAGAGUAGAAACCUUAAAUACCACAAAUUUAACCGAUAUUCCCCGUGAUGAGUUCUCCAAAUUUAGAUAAUAAUGGGGCUUAGAUAGCUUUAGCACUUUGCUAAAGAGAAUUGGCUCAAUAAAAAUUAAUUAAUUUCUAAUUAUUGAUGAUGAUUCAAAACUUCAAAAAUAUUUCACAAUUAUAAGUCAAAGAAGAACCCAAUAUAAUUAAUUGA